AUGACAAUAUUUGCGCGAGACAAGGUUAUCCUCUUCCCCUCAUCAUCGUCGGCUCUCUCAGCCCUUGCCGCCGCUGUCGAGAGCCAGGGAGAUCCCCACAGAUACACCUUCCUCUUCUCACGACCGUCAACGACCAACCAACGACAGAAUAGUCGCAAGAAGCUCACCGACCGACUCCGAACUGUACAAGGUUUAUAUCCCCCGACCUCCAAAUCCCACACAGACCCCCAUUCCCCCCACUUCUCACCAGUUGAACACACACUGUCGUGCACACCACCUCCGCCCGUCAGCCAGUCGAGCAUCGAGCCUUACGAGAACCCAGCCGACAAACCCCGUCUUCACGCGGCUGCGUAA